AUGGAAAACAAGGAGAACAAAGAUAUUGUAUCCAUAACUCUUGAUAAUCCUUCUGAGUCAGAAGUACAAGCACCACCAAAGAGACCACUUAAGUUCAAAAUUCUGCGCUUUUGCGCUUUCGUUAGUAUCGUUCUUCUCAAUACGUUAGUAAACUUCCAGAAGACAUGUCCAUCUGUUGUCGCAGAUCAAAUGGCCAUAGCAUAUGGUGUCGACAAAGCAGAAGUGAAGACCUUUUCAUCGUCAUAUUUUUGGACAUACGCUGUAAUGCAACCAUUCUCGGGAUUACUGUCCGAUUUGUUUGAUCCUGCUAUCGUAUUAGCAAUCCUUGCAUUAGUUUCAUCAGCUGGAUCCAGUAUUUGUGGCUUUUCUAACAACAUGGGUGUUGGAAGCUUUGGAAGAAUUUUAGUAGGAUUGGGAACGGGGCCAACAUACGUCGCUGCACUCAAAAUCUUCUCAAAUUGGUAUCCAAAAGAUCAAUUACCUACAGUUCUUGGUUUGAAUAUGGCACUUUCCAGUAUCGGCGGUUUCCUGUCAGGUACACCAUUGCAAGCAUUCUGCAACACUUUUGGCUGGCGCUGGGCUUUCCAUACCAUUGGCAUUGUUGGCGGCGUUUUAAGUACAUUUGUAUUAAUUUUCAUCCGUGGUAGUCCAGAACGCCAAGGAUUCGAUCCAGUCAAUGUAACCAACAAAGCUAAGAAAGAAGAGACAUUCUGUGAGAGUUUAUCUAACUUAUUCAGAAAUAUCUGGCAAGUCCUCAUUUAUGGCUAUUUCUGGGUCAUUGUUCUAUUCAAUGUCGGCACGGUAUCAGUUUUCUUGAAUAUUGCAGGUUUCUCUGGCGGUAUUUACUUAACAGAUGUUUUACACUUCACUCCAAACCAGAGAGCUUCAGCCAUGCUUUCUUUCCAUACAGGCGUUUUAAUUGGCUCCAUUAUUUUGCCACAGAUCGCUAAAUGGGUGAAAUCAAAGAAGAUUGUUUUAAUUGAUAGCGCUAUUUUAAUAGCAGCACCAUUAUUCACCCUAUUCUUCCUUGGUAACAAGGCUACAUACAUUACAAUUUGGAUUUACUGGACAAUUAUUGGUACAUUCUCACGUCCUGUUUUAAGUCUCAGUUAUCCAAUUGCAACAAGCUAUUAUUGCCCUGUUGUUUCAGGAUCAACUGUUGGCAUUGCAAACUUCUUCCUCAACCUCAUGGCCGGAGUUUUCCAGAUGAUUUCUGGCGCAAUUAUCCCACUUUACGAUACUAAAGUUGGAGAUAAACCAGUACACACAUGGAAGGGCUACCAAAUGGGAGUUUGGUUGUUCAGUGGUGUUUGCGCCGCUAUAAGUAUUUUAAUGGGUAUAAUUAUGAAAGAUAAUGAUUCUAAGAUGUGCACAAAGACGAAGAAAGUCGAGAGAGGAGAGCUUAACUCUACACUCCUUCUUGCUGAAGUACAGAAGACAGACGAGAAAACAAAGUAG